AUGUCUGCUUCCCAGUUCGACAAGGCCGUGGCCAUCAUCGGCUCGCUCCCCAAGGAUGGCCCCGUUCAGCCUACCCAGACUGACCAGCUCAAGUUCUACGGUCUCUUCAAGCAGGCCACCAUCGGUGACGUCAACACCUCCCGCCCCGGCAUGAUGGACUUCACCGGCAAGGCCAAGUGGGACGCCUGGAAGAAGAACGAGGGCACGUCGUCGGAGGACGCAAAGAAGCAGUACGUCGAGGAGCUCAUCGGCAUGUUCGAGAAGCACUCGGACAACGAGGACGCCAAGAAGUACAUCGAGGAGAUCAACUCGGCCUAA